AUGAACGCUUGGCCCAAUGAAGAGGGUGAUGGGAUGGGGCCUCCUGUUACACGUACAGGAAGUGCUAAACCACCCACACCGACACUGAAAAACGGGAGCGAUCUACGUGAAUCUGGGUAUUUAAUAGCAGUGGGUUCGAGGACGGCCAGGUUCAGAAGAAAACAUAAAAACAAGAUGCUCAUAGCUUGUCUGAUUAUUGUAUUGUUACUUCUUCUUUGCCUUUUCAUAGCUAUGACAGUUCUCUAUAUAAAACAAAAGCGACACAAAACAGUUAAAGUGUGUGAAAGCAGGGAAUGCUUGCGAUCGGCUGCUAAUUUAGCGUUGUCUAUGGAUCGAAGUGUCGAUCCAUGUUAUGACUUCUACCAAUAUGUCUGUGGCAACUGGGGAGCGGAACACCCGCGACCUGACGCUUUUCGCUCUUACGACUGGUUCAGAGACAAGCAAACCAAGGUGUACACGGCAGUACGUGACUUCCUGAACAAGAAUACCACAAACCAACCGAAGCCCGUGCAACAAGCGAAGGACGUGUAUACUUCGUGUAUGGAUACUGAUAAGCUAGACAAGAGAGGUCUAAGACCAGCGAUAAAAGUUUUAGAACUUUUGGGACUCCCAUCAUAUCCCACAUUCUUGAACAUAACAGAUGUAGAUUACUCAACUUAUUCCUUUGAUUGGGUUCAAAUUGUUAUAAAUGUUAAGACGAAACUUAAUAUGGACGUUUUAAUCGGUUUUGACAUAGUCACAGAUCCUAAAAACUCAUCGGUUUUUCGGCUUAUCAUGGGUUCGCCUGAAACAACGAAUCCAUUUCCCAGUAUGUUUAACGAAAAUAAACAACAAAAAUCAAAAAGGUAUCACGCGCAUAACAAAGAGUAUUAUCAGAGAUACUUAUUUAACGGCGUAAAUAAUGCAAACAAAAAAAUCGACGAAGACAAAGAAGCGGAAAUAUAUAAGUUGUUCUACGCGCAUUUAAUAAAAAUGUUCGUGUUGGAAGCAGAUGGUGUUAAAAAAUCGAAUUUAAGUGAAGUUGAAUUGGAUAGAACCAUAUUUCUUACUGCCGAUGCAUUUUAUUCUAUGAGCGAUGAUAUGUACGAGCUCGAAGCAGCCAACAGUACAGACGAAAGUCUUUUCCUAGAUAUUCCAGAAUACACCGUAGACAAACUCCAAAAAAACACAGAUGCUAUAGUCGAAUUAAAUAAUGCUACAGCUAUCCCAAUAUGGAAAAGAUACUUAGAGGGUAUAUUCAAUAUAAGUGAAGUUACCUUAGAUUUUGAGAAGGACACUAUUUUGGUGUCGGAUCCGGAUUUAAAAUACAUGUCGUUAAUGGCUGCUUAUGUUGCGAGGACGCCUCCUGUGCUAGUCGAACUUUAUGUUUGGAUCAAGGUCAUAGAAGUUAUGGGGGUUCAUACAACAUCAGAACUGCGAGCUCUUUAUGAAAGGGCUUCAGAGGAGCUGCAAAAUGGUCAUGCGAUAGCAUCCAGGAGUCUGCAGUGCGCUAACGUCGUUAACGACUUGCUCGGCAUGGCUAUAUCUUAUGCUAUUGCUGAUCAGGACUUCUUCAAUGUCACUAAGCCAAAGAUAGAGACCAUGCUAUACGAAUUAAAGAACGCGCUAGCGCAUCUAGUUGGUUUAACAAAAUGGAUGGAUGAUGACACAAAAUUGGCAACAUAUCAGAAAAUAGUAGAGAUGAAAACUCUCGUAGGCUUUCCGGAUUGGUUGCUAGAGGACGGUCGAUUGGAGGAAUAUUAUAAAGGCAUAGAUGUACACACGGAGAAAUAUAUGGAAAAUCUCAUUAGCAUUGUGCAAGUAAAAAUUAAAAACGGUUUAAAUAAGUUUCGAACGAGCAAUAACUACACUUGGGCGACUGAUCCAACUGAAGUUAAUGCAUAUCACACGUUUCAAGAAAAUACUAUAAGUCGUCAGUUCGAUAAAAAUGGGAAUCUCCUUCCGUGGUGGUCCAACGAUACAAUAAAGGCAUACAUUAAUAAGACACAGUGUUUCAUCGACCAGUAUUCCUCUUAUUAUAUACCACAAUUGGGUAAACAUGUAGACGGUAAGAAAACUUUAGGCGAAAAUAUAGCUGACAACGGUGGAGUAAAAGAAGCUUACGCGGCAUUGACAAAACAUUUGAGAAAAGGUGGUCCCGAAUUGAAAUUACCAGGUUUUGAGGACUUUUCUUCGGAACAACUAUUUUUCUUGUCAUAUGGAAAUCUUUGGUGUGGCGUAAGCACAGUGGAAGCUCUGAAAUCUGACUUGGAAGAUGAACAUGCACCUCAACACCUGAGAGCUCGCGGUGCUUUGCAGAACAACCGUGACUUCUCCAGAAUUUGGCACUGUGCUCCUGGAACACCCAUGAACCCAGAUAAACGAUGUACUAUCUUCUAA